AUGCACCAGCCACUACACUUCUCCACAGAAAGGUCCAAGACAUGGGACCAGCUUAAGCCCAGUAACUACGAUGCUCAUGGAAUCAUCUAUAAACGCGACGAAUGCUGGAACGUGAGCGCUACCAUUCCCCGUCAGGCCAGUGUUCUGGUGAUGAGCAGCAAAUUGGACCCUCAAAAACUGCACAUGUAUGCUGCAGCCGUGUUGGAGUCACUUGACGGUGACAACAAGGAGCUGGUCACCUGUGAUUAUUCUGUCCACGUCGCACUUUUGUCGACACCACUCAAUGAAGAAAAUUCGAUGGGUGAAACAUGCGGAAUGAAGAUUUUCACAUCGUACAUCAAGAGUGAGGGUGAUUGGCCGGACUGGAUAAGAUGCCUGGAUCCAACAUGACUGUGCCGGUUUACUAUCAGAGCCUGUACUUCGGUACCGAUGACGUGUACGACGGUACCAUGACAGCGAACUCCGACAGCUAUAUCUUCUAUGAUGGUACCGCCGAGACGAACUCCGGUAGCUAUAGCUAGCCAACAACGUAAUCGUACCAUGGUGACGAACUCCGGCAGCAAUUCGGUUCAGAUAGUACGGAUCAAAUACUUGAAUCAAAGAAACGUAGGCUUGAGCGG